AUGGACGGGAGUCUGUUUGUGCUGCUGCUGCUGUCAGGGCUCUUCUGGAGCAGUUCUGCUCUUUCUCGUCAGUACCACUAUAUAAAUGUGAGAAUGUCGUGGCCAGAGGCUCAGAGUUACUGCAGAGAGAAGUACACUGACCUGGCUACUGUAGACACCAUGGAUGAUGUGAACAGGCUGGUAAAUAUAGUGGAUUCUGGAUACAGCGGUUCAGUGUGGAUUGGACUGAAGAGAGGGACACAGACACGCUGGGCUUGGUCUAAUGGAGAAAACAAAUCUUCUCCGUACUCUAACUGGGCUUCAGGAGAGUCAAAUGAGAAUGCACCUUGUGUAAUUUAUCAUUACGGGUUAUGGUAUGAUAUAGCAUGUAGCUAUGGCCUAUAUUUUACAUGCUACAAGGAAAAUAAUGGAUACAUCCUGGUACAAAUCGCUAAAAAUUGGUAUGACGCUCAGAGCUACUGCAGACAGUAUUACACAGAUCUGGCCUCCAUCCACAACUCUGAGGAAAAUAACCAGAUAUCUAAGGUUGUAUAUUCUGGAUAUUACGUCUGGAUUGGUAUGUUCCAGGACUCUUGGGAAUGGUCUGACAAAUGGAGCCUCUUCUUUAGAAACUGGGCAGGUCAACCAUCCCAGAGUUCAGGAUCUGGUGACUGUGUCGGCAUGUCAAGAAUCAAUUCUGGGAAAUGGGCUCAAUACAGCUGUGAUGUGCAGUAUCCUUUUAUCUGCCAUGGAUCAUAUAAACUGCCCUACAUAUACCAGUUUAUAAAUGAAAGCAGGACAUGGCAAGAUGCUCAGAGUUACUGCAGAGCGAGAUUCACUGAUCUGGCCACUGCUGAUAACAUGAGCGACACAAGUUUGCUGGUAAAUACAGUGGAUCCUGGAUACAGUGGUUCAGUAUGGAUAGGUCUCCACAAUGGAACAAAGUAUCGCUGGGUCUGGUCUAUGGGCACACUGUCCCAGUACAGUAUCUGGAAUUCAGGAGAACCAAAUGGUGAUGGGGAGUGUGUGAGGAGUUUUAAUGGAAGCUGGUAUGAUGAGAGCUGCAGCACCGCUCUCCCAUUUGUGUGUUUCAAUGACAGCUCUGGUUUUAUCAUCACUGAGACUGCUAUGACAUGGAGAGAUGCUCAGAGUUACUGCAGACAACACCACACUGACUUGGCGAGUAUCAGCAGCGCAGAGCAGCAGAAUCUGAUCAGUAAUCAAGCAUCGCUCUGGAUUGGUCUUUUCAUGGACUCUUGGCAGUGGUCUGAUAGGGGGAGUCUCAGUUUCAGAUACUGGACACAAGGUCAUCCAUCCCAGAGUUCAGGAUCUGACUGUGUCAGCAUGUCAAGAAACAAUUCUGGGAAAUGGGCUCAUGAAAGCUGUGAUCUAAAGCGUCCUUUUAUCUGCCAUGGAGAUGACAAGUUAAUUAAAAAGCAGAUCGUCAAACUGAAAUUGUCCUGUAAUGGAAAAUGCACAUUGAAUGAUCCUUCCAUACAGACUGCCAUCCUGAAUGAGAUAAGUGAAAAGCUGAAGAGCAUGGGGCUGGAAAGUGGCAGCAAAAUAAGCUGGAGAAAAGAGAAAGGUGGAGAGGUGUUUCAUCAGGAGAUCAACCGUACUGCGAGUUCCAAUAAUAAAUGUAAUACAAAGUAAUCUUUUAUUUACACCUUUAUAUCAAAAUUCAAUAUAGAUUCGAAGAAUAUAGAGGGGUUUUUAUUUUUAAUAACAGUAGAUUGCUUUAAGGAAUUGUGAAGUAGUUGUAGUAGAAUUAUCAGUUAUUUAAAGUGCCCCGAUUAUGCUAUUUUUAAAGGUUCCUAAUUUUGUUUUGGAGGUCUCAUAAUAUACAUUGCACAUCACCACAUUUUUCAAUGGUUCUCAAACGACUCUUCUGAUGAUUCAGUCUCUCUAAAUCCCACCUUUCCGCAAGCCUACUCUGCUCUGAAAGGCCAGAUGGCCCAGUCUGUUACGAUUGGUCUACUGCUUACAGCGCGUCGGAAACGAAACGCUCAUUACCAUAACUGAACUUCAGCUCCGGAGGUUUCCUCAGUCCUCAGCGAUUGUACACACUGUAAAGACAGUAACGAUGGUGUCGAUUUUACCAUAUCAAUUCGAGCGUGAAUCCGACGAUGAAACAUUGGAAGAAAUAGUUAAUCGAACCUUCAUCGCAAGGACGACUUGAGCAGGACAUUUCUCAGUGAAACGCUUCUCAGUUUGACGUACAUUAUGAGAUUUUGCCACUGUAAUUCCUCACCAUCUGUAUUAACAAGUGUAUGUCCAUCAACAAACUGAUGUGUAUAUUUUAUUAAUUUAUUGCAGUGUACAUGCGGGAACUGUAUCAUUAACUGUAUCAAUAAACAAUAACAGCGUAUAUACUUUAACCAAGCACUAACGUGAAUGACUGAUGUAACAUCAAAAUUUGCUCCAUUCUUUAUCAUUACUCAAAGUAGAAAGAACAACAGACAUUCUGCAUUAAUGGACACAAUUCAAAGCGAAUUCAAAAUUCAAAGCGAAUCCCGUGUUGAACUCCACAACAAACACAGGAACACAACAAAAGAUUGGGAUUGUAGUUGUACUGCUGUGGUAUCAUUGGGGAAAAAAAUUAUUUUUAACCACUGAUUCUUCGCAGCCUCAUCAUUCGAAAGUGAAAAUAAAACAAAUUUAUUUUCACAGCGUAGGACACAGUGUCUUCUCGACAUGAUGUUAACCACACGAAGAAGCCACAGUGUUUGAGGGCGGACAACGCAGAACAUAGGCGAGCAUUAUGUAAAUGUGUUACCUAGUGACAUAUAGCCGUAAUGCAGUGGGAAUUUGAAUUCCCGACAAUUUGUUUAGGCAGUUCAGAAUCGAUUCUUUCUUUUGAGAGACAAUAACUUUAUUUUAGUGCAAUUUCGGCUUCACAAAUUUGCAGACUGUUUACAUUCUCAGACAGCUACAUUACACAUUGCAUGAAAGGUAAUAUUCGAAAAGGCAUAAUAGGGGCACUUUAAACACCAUGAAGUGUCAGUUUAUAUAAUGUAUACAGUAAAUGGUAUAGUUUUGAAAGGUGCAUUUUAAAAAUAUAGAGAAUUUUAUAUAGAUUCUAGAGAUAAGGGAUGAAAGUAUGAUGAUAUCUUUCUUGUAAUGAAUCUGAAGGAAAUUUGAUUAGCAGAAAUCACCCUGUGCAUAUUAUUUCCAUUUUUACGUGAUGUCUAUGUUUCAUAAUUUGAAAUUAUAUAUAUAUAUAUAUAUUUUUUUUUUUUUGUGCUUUUCUUUUGAAAUUGAUGACAGAUUUAAGUAACUUUAAUAAGCUUUAUGUUGUAAAAAAUAGAAUUCAUCAGCACUGGAUGAGUAAAUGAAUCUCUUUCUCUCUGCAUUCUGAAAUAACAGAGAUAUGCUAUAUGUGUUCAAAAUAAAACUAAAGAUUGGGAAUUCGACUUUUAUGAAUUUAUUAGCAUUGGAGUAGUUACUCUUUAAUGAAAAUGACUCUCUCUCUCUCUCUCUCUCUCUCUCUGU